AUGUCUCGCACUCCACAUCAGGAUGGGUUUGUGAAAGAGAGUCUCUCAGAAUCUCAGCUUGCCACGACCUUAUCUCAAGGCUCGUCGACCAAGAAAGAAUCAAUCAACGAUGUUCGCACCAGCUAUGAACAGAAGACGGAUGCCAAUGGCAUCAUCUUGAUUCCACAACCCAGUGAUGACCCUGCGGAUCCCCUUAACUGGCCGCUCCGCAAGAAGAUCAUCAUCUUCGCUUGCAUCUGUCUCUCUGGCUUUGCCGGCCAGAUGUCGCCGAACUCCAACCAGUUGACGUUCAUGCUCCAAGUCCCGAACUAUGUUGGAAGAACCUCGGACGACCUUCUUAACUCCGUCGCCGCUGGUCUGGCAGGAUGGAUGGCUGGCCCAUUCAUCAUCACCCCCCUCGCCGGCGCAAUCGGACGACCCGCUGUCGUUCUCUACUCGUUGAUUGGAACUUUCGCUUGCCAGAUCUGGGCCGCCAACAUGGACGGACCGGACGACUUCAUGCCCUUUCUGUUUUCUCGUCUCGUCUGUGGCAUGUUCGGUGUUAUCCCCGCUAUCAUGGGGGUUGGAUUCAUAAUGGACAUGUUCUUCCUCCACCAGCGUGGUAAGGCUUUCGCUCUCUUCGAAGUACUCAUCAUCUUCGCGGUCGUUGGUGGUGGAACCCUCGGAGGCUUUAUCGCAGAGACCAACCCGUGGACUUACGUUUUCUGGUGGACUCUUGGACCCAUCGGCGGAGCCAUCAUUUCGGUAUUCCUCUUCGUUGAGGACACUACCUUCGAUCGUACGCCUGGUGCCAUUCAGCGCCAGCUUCCAACUGGAUACUUUGCAAACCGUAUGGCUACCUUCUUUAUCGGCACCAGAACUCAGCCAUCUGGCCAGAGGCUCGCUACAGUUAAAUUCCGUGCCAUCAGCCCCAUCAAGAUCGUGUUCACGCCAGUGACAAUCAUGGUCGGCAUGUACGUCUUCGUCGCUCUCGGCCUCCCUAUCAUGCAAGCCUCCACCAUGGCAGUCUACAUGAUGCCACCCGAGGUGGCUGGUGGCUAUGGCCUCAGCUCCCUGCGCCUUGCCUUCUUCACCAUGACCGCCUGGCUGGGUAUGUUUGCCGCGCAGCUCUACGGAUACCUCUUCAACGACAAGAUCCCCCUCUACGUCGCUAAGCGCAAGGGAGGAGCCUGGCACCCGGAAUACCGUCUCUCCAACGUCAUCCUGCCUGGUAUCAUUCUGCCUAUCGGCCUGGGAAUCUGGGGUGCCGGUAUCGAGCACCACUUGGAUAUCGUGCUGCUCGCAUUCGCAGGCUUCCUUAUCUGGUUCUCUGCUCUGCUGAUCUUGCCCGUCUGCUACAACUACAUCGUCGAGUGCUUCACCGACAACCCCGUGGAAGCCGCUGUGGCGUUGAACGGGUACCGCAUCUCCUUCGGCAUCAUGUCCGUCUUCGUUUCCACCCGCUGGGACGAGGCCGUCGGUGUUGGCUGGAUGUGGGGCAUGGGAGCUUUCUUCGUCGUUUUCGUUAAUAUUGUCAUGCUUUUCGUUAUUUUCAAGGGCCACUUGGUGAGACAAUGGUCCUUCAGCAAGUCCAUCGCCGCGGCUGAGGAUGGUGAGCGGAUUGUGAGCUCGCCCGCUUAUGGUGCGUAG